AUGUCUGGUUUACCUACACCUCCCAUGGAGGACCACAAAUCCCAACCCAUGAGAAGACAAUCCUCCAAAGCGUCCAAGCAAUCAAGUCGAUCUUCAAAAAGAAGUAAUACAGUUCAUGAAAACAAUCCUAUGUCUAUGGAUGGUCGACACAAGCGAGUUUGGAAAGCAUGUGAACGAUGUAGGAUGAAGAAGACGAAGUGUGACGGGGAAUCGCCUUGUAAGCGUUGCAAAGAUGACGGCCUGGUAUGCACAGCUGGGAGCAGGAAAAAGACUGAAUUCAAACAAUUACCUCGAGGAUACGCGGAAGUACUAGAGAACACACAGUAUGCUCUCAUUGCAACGGUUCAGAAGCUAUACACUAUGGUCCGCAAUAAUGAGUCGUGGGAACUGGGGGAGCCAGAAUUGAAUGACAGAGGGCAGCCAGUAAUUCACGACAUAGCUUCCAAGCUUGGCUGCAUUCGACCGUCCCCCGAUCUUCCAUAUGCAUUCCCUGAAGGUGCAGAAGACUUCGCCGAACUGCAAGCUCAACUUCAAGCAGCUCGCUCGGAAAUGGCGUUGGAUGAUACAGGGUGUCGGAUGCCUUCAGAGGAUUCUUCAUAUUCGCCAGCAGCACUGGAGCGGACAGAUCGAGCGAGCAGUAGUGAGAGUGACCACUCAAAUAUUUCCAAGCACUACAACCAGAUGAUGUUGUCUCAACAAAGGCAAGCCGCAGAGCGAAAUAUUUCCGCCAGGGUGUCCACACCUGUUUCAAAGCCAAGUCCUCUCAAUAUCUCCCAAAGGCCUAUACCUGAGCCAGAAGCUUCAUACCGGCCGCGCACAUCCAUUGACACAUCGCGCUCAAUACCGUCCCCCAUCUACACAGAUUUCCAGACUGAAUCACCCAUGUUUCGCACCACUUCACCAUUUUCACCUUGGUCAGCAGGCGACGAUUCUCUUGGUCCCCCACAUGCAUUGGACCUCACCGCAAAUUACAUGAAGCAACAAACGCAGCAUAUGCACGGAUCAUCACCUUUGAACAACUCGAUUGCUCUCGGGCUAGAUGCGGAUGUGCUCAAAUCGAUGCAACUAAAUGACGGAUUGAACUUUGCGGAUGGAACGAUCAGGCCCAACAUGUUGGAUUGUCAUACUGGGUUCGAUCUCUCUGACCAGAUGGAUGCUAUGUAUGCAGGUGAUUAUGAGAAUCAAAUGGGCUUGGCAUAG